AUGGCCUCGGCUCCCAGAUCGCCCAGCGUCCCGCACAAGCGCAAGCACUCGCCACCGCCCGCGACGCCCGCGGAGGACGACGACGGCAAGUCCGACCUCGACGCUGACGCUGACGCCGACGCCGAUCCCGACCCCGACGCAGAGGGCGACCCCGACGGCGCGAGCGCGUCCCCCGCCGACGAGUACGGCAGCGGGCGCAUAAUCUGCGAGACGUGCGGCGACGGCAUCUCGAUCAGAGAUGAGGCCACCGGCGGUUUCACCGUCAAACACUGGGAUGCGCACCGCGGCGCGUGCCAGACCUCAGGUUCCCAGGUCGUCGUCGAGGUCAGGCCCAAGGAAGCGCCCGUGCGCGCGGCGCCGGCGGCUCAGCCCGUCGAUGCGUCCCAACCGCAAGCGAAGCGACGUCGCGCCAAGCGCACGGAAGAGGAGCGCAUCGAGUAUCUCCGAUCCGACCCUUACGUCGCCAAGUUCGAGGCCUACCGCGUCCUGUGCGCGUCCUGCGACAAGUGGAUCCGUCUCCGGCCAAACUCGACCUACUGCUCGAUCCCCUGGGACGCGCACCGCAAGAGCUGCCUCGCGAAGCGGGUGGCGAAGAGCACAGUCCCGAUGGACGAGCGCACGGCUGUCUUCAGCGCGGACUCUCUCGUCAAGCGGUUCGACAAGUCCCGAGUGCAGUGUCGCGGGUGCGACCAGUGGAUACCCAUCCUUACCGACGACACAGCGACUGCGAUCAAAACCUGGAAGCAACACCGGGAGUCCUGUCAAACGCAAGUCGUCACGAGCCCAGGCGCCUCGACAUCCAAGUUCAACAUCGCGAAUGUGCCGCCACCAUCAAAGCAUCUCCUUGCUCUCGCGUCGUCGUCUUCGCUUCCACCCACCUCUGCUUCUGCACGCGCCGGCCUCGCACAGUCCCUCUCUGGGAACCCUGCCUCUGGAACGCAGCCCUCUCAGCCGGUCGCGCCGUCAUUCAAGGACUACACCCCCAGCACCUAUACCACCACCUCUGAGCCUCGCCGCCGCAAUGCAGAGCAGCGGGCCGCUGCGCUGCGUGCGGACACCCUCCUCGAACAGGUCGAGCCCAACCGCGUACUGUGCAAGAUGUGUCGCAAGUGGGUCCAGCUGAGGCAGGACAGCACCUACUGCGCCUAUCCUUGGCUGCAGCACCGGGCGAAGUGUCUCAAGAAACACCAAAAGAUCAACGACCGCGAGGCCGAGAUCGCCCAGCUGCGCGCGGAGCGCGACUCGGCCCUGCGAGGGGAGAUGUCGGACUCCAGCUCGGAGCGCGACGAGCUCGAGGACGACGACCCGAUGGACAGUCGGACGAAGGACGAACGGCGCCGGGCGAAGGCAGAGGCGGCGGGGGCAAGGCUGCGGCAGCUCGAGGAGGUGCAGACGGGGCGGACGGGGUCAGGCGGGUCGAGCUCCGACGACGACGCGAUGUGGGACCACAUGGACGUCGACAUGGCCCUCCCACCGAGGCUCGCCGACCUCGAGGCUCCGGCCGGCAGACUCGACUUCGUCGCGCGCUCCAUCCGCCACCUCUUCCGCAUCACGUACGCCGGCUCGGACGAGCUCACCAUCGCCGCCCUCGUCACGUACCUCAACGCGGCGAUGCCGCCCGACAAGCACGAGGACUUCGACACCGCCGAGGUGACGAAGACGAUGACCGCCCUCCACGAGCGCGGCUCGUUCGUCUUCGAAGGCGACUCCAUCCGGCUGCCCGCCGCGUGA